AGCACAGAUCAGUAGCUACUAUCCGUGCUGUCUAACGGACGGUCUCUUUUGGGCGGGGAGGGCGACGCGGCGAUUCAGUCGACGAAGAGACGCCGCCUCGCGAGGAUCAACAGGUGCGAGCGAACGCCCGUCACCCGAGAAGCAUGGGGAACAUUUACAUCUGCAGCCUGCUCGUCGCACUCGCUACGCUGUUCGUUGCUGUGCAAUGCGGCGACAUAAUGCGCAAGAGUAUCGUCUUCGAUAAGAAUACCCCGGACGUGUUUUAUUGUCCGCAACACAAGCCGAUCGGUUUCGAGAAGAUGCUGGUCAAGGCGAGACCGCUCUCCAGAUUGUGCCAGUUCGAGGGCCGUCCGAUACCCGAGGAUUACAAGAGCGACUGCUACAAUGACGUGGACGAGACCGAGUAUGCGUGCAAGGAAAAAUACAGAAUCAUGAUGAGGCUCCAUCCACCGGGAAGUAACACGCCUUAUAACGGGACACGUCUGUUCAAGUUUCUGGCCUUCGACAAAGAUUUACCGUACGCGCGAAAGAAGAAUCAGGUGUAGAAGAGAGCGGCUACGUCCAAGGACGGCAGGAGUCCUUGUAUUAAUGCAGUUAAAAAUUUUUGCACAAACAUGUUAAUUAAUUAUGUUAUCAAUCUUAUGUCGAGAAUUGCAACUAAAGAAAACAUCGCUGAGUUCCUGUAAUCCAAUUAACGAGUACCGCGUUCUAUUUUUGUACAAUCGGACUGGACUCUGGCCCGGCUGCUGGUCACUCAUUUACCUGCUGGUUACCAUUUACUCGUGAUACGUUUGUGUUAAACCAUUUAACGUUCCUACGUGGCUUAAUGCAAGUGCAAACCUUUGUGAAAUGCAGUGAGAUUAUUUUUGUAACAUACAUAAAAAAAAAACAUUUCGUUGUUUAGUUACGUAGAUAGAGAAAAGAAAAUAAUAUAUUUAAAGAAAUAUUUCCGUCUAUUUUUAUACAAUAUUACUUGUGAUCAUACGUUUUAUACAAUAUUACUUGUGAUCAAUACAUAAGAAAUGUAUAAUGUUCGAUACUCAAUGUCGUGACAAUAUAUUUAUGUAGAAUAUGUAGAUCAAUGUACAUUUAUUCCGAUGACAUUCAAGAAUAGUUUUCCAUGUAAAUCAGAUGCAUUUAUGUCGCAGUAUUUAAUUACAGAAAUAUGUGUUAGCAGAAAUUAUAAAAGACAAUUGUAAAAACCCGAACGAAAGGUAUCUCAAAAUCUAAUUGCUUUAAAAAUUAUCAAAUAUUUAACAUAAUAUAAUCUGUAAUAUUAACAUAAUUAUAAAAAAUUUUAAUUUUUCAACUUUACGAACUAAUAGUAAUUUGUUAUUUUGAAUAGUAAUUUACUAUGUUUGUAAAAGUAAAAUUAUUUACUUAUACGUUAUCAAAUCAACAAUGGCUACAUUCCGAAAUUCAUUGCUUGUACUGGAAAUUUAUAGUCCACAUACUAUAAAUUUUCAGUACUAGCAGUGAAUAGGAAAUUUUGUCAUAAAACUUUCAUACAACUCUAAAUGUUAAGCUAGCCAUAUACGUUCAAGUAAACUUGUCAAAUCUAGCGAAACUGUAGAUGAUAAAAUCGCAGUUAUUUUGGCUUGAGCAGCGACUUGAGAAAAAGCAUUCAAUUUACUUGAAUCAAACUAUCUUGUUCAUAUCUAGUGCAGUAUAGCGGCGUUAUAAGAUCAAAAGUUGACGUUACGAAUAAAAUUAUGUUGAAACCUUGAAA